CCUCACGCGAAUUACAACGAUCUGGGCGGCUUAACUGUAAUUAGCCCUCUUACUCGUGUUGUUGAUUCAGGUGCGCAAGCGAACUAGCUGAAUACAAUGGCAGACGCUCAGCCUUGGCCGCAAAAGUUUUUAAUGAAGUCCUUUCCCUACGCUGUUCAUGACAGCACCACUGGCGAGAGCGUUUUCUAUGGUCCGUACAUGCGUCUGCUGUAUCAUUUUCCCCCCCUCGAUGGACCGUUUGAGAUCAUUCCGCAAUUCCGUGUUCUUGCUACUCCUCGGGACAGCGUCGACAGCGUCGUAACGUUUACUGUCGAAUUGAACAAGCACCCGGUCCUGUUCAUUCUGAUCAAACUGCUCGCACCAUUUCGUCUGGAUUCCAAACGCCAAGAAGCUGACAGACAGAUGCGGGAGCGUUUCCGUGACCUCCACUCCGACGUCGUCACUCCAGCUCUCCCUGGCAUCGGAACUCUUCUCUCAUUCUACCGCCAUGACAAGGCAACUAAAUCCCUCACCUCUCCCCCAAUUGCUGCUGAUCCCAAUAUUAUGACCGAUGCAGUGCCCAAGAGUCUCUGGGAUUGCGAGAUUUUGGAUGCUGCUAGUGCAACUCGUUUUCGCGAGAUGGUCAACGAGGUUAAGGGAGAUGUGUGCUCAUACCGGAAUAUUCCGCAGAUCUAGUGACACAGUAGAUGGC